AUGGUGCGGGUGGCCAAGGACCGACUGAAGCAGGAUGGCGUGGCUUACAAGCGAGCGGACGACUAUUUCGCCGAGAUGCUCAAGAGCGACGCGCACAUGGCCAAAGUCAAGGACAAGCUCAUUUAUGAGCAGAAGAAGAUUACGGCAGUUGAAGAGCGCAAGAAAUCACAGGCGCAUCGACAGGUUGCGAAAGAGGUGCAGGCUAAGAAGAUCAAGGAACGGAACCAGCAGAAAAAGGAGACACUGGAGGCCGUGAAACUGUGGAAAAAGAGGAAGGGAAACAACACACGCAGCGACCUCAAGGAUGGUGACGAUGGAAAGCUCGACUCGAUUAUUGCGAGUGGCAAGCGAAAGCACACGGAUGGAGACCGUGACCAGAAGAGCAAAAAGCAGCGGACCAACAAGACUCGAGAAGCCAAAGACGCAAAGUUUGGCUUUGGUGGCAAACGUCGCUAUGCCAAGAGUAACACAAAGGAGAGCACGAACGAUAUCCCGGGCUUCUCAGGUGCGCGGAAGGGCAAGGCCAAGGGUCCGGUGGCGCCAAAAGGAGGCAACCGUGCUGGCAAAACUCAACGCACGAAUCAGCGUACGAAGCGUCGACGAUGA